AGUGAAAUUGUACUAACUUUAGAGUAACAUUGAACGAGCGUGGCUGUAAAUUUCAUAAAAAUAAAAAUUCUGUCAGAAUCUUUGAGAUUAGAAUAUCGUUCGGAAAUUUUGCAUCAACUUAUAAAACAGCCGAUAAAGUGUGUCUGACGAAAUCUGCAAUCGUGUCACAGAAUGACCAAGCGUGUACAACCAACGUGGCAGCUGCCGAAUCCGUUCCGAGAAGAACCUAAACUUCGUCUCUAUAACAGUCUUACUCGACAAAAAGAAUUAUUUCGCCCCCAUGAUGGCCGAAAUGUGAAAUGGUAUAGCUGUGGGCCAACUGUGUAUGAUGCGUCACACAUGGGUCAUGCUAGAUCGUAUAUCAGUUUCGACAUUCUGCGUCGAGUUCUAACGGAUUACUUCGGGUACAACGUUCUUUACGUGAUGAAUAUUACUGAUGUGGAUGAUAAGAUUAUCAAGCGGGCUAGACAGACUUACCUUUACGAACAAUAUGUGGCGAAAACAAGUUCUCUAGAGAAGCUCUUAGAAGAUAAUAAAGAAGUGAUGUUGACAUUCCAGGCAAAAUUGGAAGCCACAACUGAUUCAGACAAAAAAGCCAUGAUGACUCGAAUGUUAGAAAAUCUCACCAAUGCUGUAGACAAUUUAACGAUUGCGGUAAAAAGUGGCAUAGAACUGAAAAUUAAGGAAGCACAACAACAUUUUCUAGAAAGUUCGAAAGAUCCACUAGCGGAUUUUUUGGAUAGCAAAGAGGGAGCGACUAUAAAUGAGAACUCUAUUUUUGAAUCGUUACCGCGAUACUGGGAAGAUGAGUUCCAUAAAGACAUGAAUGCUUUAAACGUGUUGCCUCCUGAUGUGCUAACUCGAGUCAGUGAGUAUGUUCCUCAAAUCAUCAGCUACAUUCAACAAAUUAUUAAUAAUGGAUUGGCCUACGAGGCCAACGGAUCGGUAUACUUUGACGUAGCUGGAUUCGAUAAAUGUGAAAAACAUUACUACGCAAAGUUAGUACCGGAAGCGUAUGGAGAUACUAAAUCAUUACACGAAGGAGAAGGGGAUUUGAGUAUUACCGAAGAUCGUUUAUCGGAGAAGCGCUCUCCAAAUGACUUCGCAUUAUGGAAAAGUAGCAAAGCAGGUGAGCCUUGGUGGGAUAGUCCCUGGGGCAAAGGACGCCCUGGGUGGCAUAUUGAAUGCUCUGCCAUGGCAUCCGAUAUUUGCGGAAAUUACUUGGAUAUCCAUACUGGUGGAGUUGAUUUAAAAUUUCCCCAUCACGAUAACGAGUUAGCACAGAGUGAAGCCCACGAUGACAGUUCAGAGUGGGUCAAAUAUUUUUUGCAUACAGGCCAUUUGACUAUAAGCGGUUGCAAAAUGUCCAAAUCGUUGAAGAAUUUUGUAACAAUUCAACAAGCUCUAAAAAAACAUAGUGCAUCACAACUGAGGUUAGCCUUUUUAUUACAUUCUUGGAAAGAUACGCUCGACUACUCGGAGAAUACUAUGGAAAUGGCUGUUCAGUAUGAACGGUUCUUAAAUGAAUUCUUUCUUAAUGUGAAAGAUCUAACAAGACACGUAGUCAGUGGAAAACCUCGCGAUCAAUUCAAUCGUUGGUCUAACGUCGAAACCGAGUUACAACAGAAGUUUAAUAUCACAAAGGAUGCUGUUCAUGAAGCGCUUUGCGAUAACAUUGAUACCAGAACCGCUUUGGACGCAUUAAGAGAUAUGGUAUCAUACAGUAACAUCUAUAUUAGAGACCACAAAAACGAACUUAAUGCUCUGUUGUUAAGACGGAUUGGUAGCUAUAUAACUGAGUUACUGAACAUUUUUGGAGUAAUCAAUGGUCCGCGUGGGGGAAUUGGAUUUACAUUUGGAACCACUGAAAGCACCAAUGUUGAACAAAUUGCCCUGCCUUUUCUUUCGGCAAUAUCUGAAUUCCGCACGGCUGUACGCGAACAUGCUCGAUCAAUAAAAGCUAAUGGGAUUCUUACACUUUGUGAUCAACUCCGAGACGACAUCUUACCCAAUCUUGGCGUUCGAUUAGAGGAUCGUGAAGGUAAGCCAUCUGCCCUUAAAUUAAUGGAUCGUAAUACUCUCAUCAAAGAACGAGAAAUCAAACGCGAAGAAGAAGCACGUAAAAUAACUGAAAAAGAGCGCAAAAAAAUAGAAGCAGCAGCCGCUCAAGCUGCCAAGGAUGCCCAGCAAAGAAUCAACCCGGUGGACAUGUUCCGAACUGAAGCGGACAAAUAUUCAGCUUUCGAUGAGCGUGGCUUACCGACACAUGAUGCCGAGGGAAAGGAAAUCAGCAAAGGCCAGCAAAAAAAGCUUCAGAAACUCCAACAGCAACAGGAGAAGCGCUACCAGGAAUAUCAGGAAUCGCUGAGGGUGUGACCCAUAUAGACUCUGACAAAUUUAUUAUAGUAAUAAAAAUGAGCAUUUCAAGCAAAUAAAUACAUUAUCGUAAAAUACACGUUCAAUUAA